AUAUCUGUUUCAAGUUUGCUUUACGAAAAAAAAGUAAAUAAAAAACACAAAAAUUCAACCAUUUGUGAAUUUUAGCUGGCAUUUGUGUGUCAAGCGAGUUCGCGACUUGACAUUCGACGUACCAGUUUAGCAUUUUUCUUUCAAAAAUCCAUCAUGCAACAUAAUAAUAAGAAACCUGGAAUCGCGUAUCAGCCAUUGCUGGACGAAAAUUCCACCAAUUUAUGUGCUAAAUAUAUCCACAUUGUGUUUGUUGUGAGUGCUUACUGGAUCAUUUCCAUUAUCACAGUAUUUGUAAAUAAAACGCUGCUAUCAAGUAAAAUUGUUGGGCUCGAAGCUCCUUUGUUCGUGACGUGGUUUCAAUGUGUUGUGUCAACGUUAAUUUGUGUCGUCAUGAGCAAAUUGGCGAAAAUUUUUCCGCAAUACGUGUCGUUUCCCGAAGGAAAUCCGUGGAAUAGGGAAACAAUUAAAAAGGUUCUUCCGUUAUCUAUCCUGUUCACCUCGAUGAUAGUGACAAACAACUUGUGUCUAAAAUAUGUCGGUGUCGCAUUUUAUUACGUCGGACGAUCGCUCACCACCGUUUUCAACGUAGUCCUAAGUUUCCUCCUGCUCGGGCAACGAACGAGCAUGAAUUGCAUUUUAUGUUGCGCCAUGAUCGUCUGCGGUUUCUGGCUUGGCGUCGAUCAAGAGUCACUCACCGACUCUUUCUCCCUAAAAGGCACCAUUUUCGGCGUUUUAGGCUCCCUCAGUCUUUCCCUCUUCUCGAUUUUCACGAAAAAAGUUCUGCCCUUCGUGAAUCAGGAGAUCUGGCUGCUGAGCUACUACAACAACGUCUACUCCUGCAUCCUAUUUUUACCGCUAAUUUUGCUAAAUGGCGAAAUUCCCGUCAUCAUGUCGUACGAAAAUAUGGGCGAAAGUUGGUUUUGGACCGCCAUGAGUGUUGGUGGCUUUUGUGGCUUUGCCAUUGGGUUUGUGACAGCGCUGCAGAUCAAAGUGACGUCACCACUCACGCACAACAUCUCGGGCACGGCAAAGGCUUGUGCGCAAACGGUAAUCGCUACUUUUUGGUAUGACGAGCUAAAGUCGACGCUGUGGUGGGCCUCGAACAUCAUCGUGCUGCUGGGCAGCGCUUUGUACACGCGCAUCAAGCAGCUCGAGAUGAGCCGGAAUUUCAUGAAGGACGCCAAGGAAACGCAAAAAGUCUAAAUUUUUUUAUUAGAAUUUAAUCGAAAUUUACUUAUUAAUGACUAAAAAAACUUAAAAAAAAUUACGAUUAA